GAAUUUUGUUGACCACUGUUUGAUGAAGGGGCAUUUGUAAACUUUGGAUAUUCUUUUAAAAUGAAGCAUUUAUCGUCUAUCGAUUUCAAGGACAAUGUGCGAUUCAUCGUGAGAAAGGAUCUGAAGGACAUAGGCAUCAAAGUACCGAAGCAGAAAAACUGUAAAGUUCAAGUAAGUCUGUUUUACAGCCGAGUUUGAAAUUUCCGUUUAGUUCUUCUUCUAUAUGGCUCAAUCAGCUUUGGAAAUGUUUUUAUUGAUUCAUUUAUGUCAUUGAUACCUUUCCUCUUCAGCUAAAGUUUACAAAGCUUAACUGUAUAAUAUUUAUUUUCCUUAAACCAGCCGGUUGACAAGCAGAAUAGAAGCGGCGUAUUCGGAGUGUGCCUGGAGAAAGUGACUUCUGUCAACGUUGGGAAGGAUUUUUACUGCAGUGUUCCAAAGUAACUAGAUGAUAUUUUUUCUAAUCAGAACACUCAGGGGAUAAUAUACACUUGUAUUUUCAAACCAAAAUUCAUGGAUAUAUGUAUUUUUGAUCAAUAAAUUCAGGAUUUAACCAUUAAUUUACAAACCAAAAGGCUUAUGAUAAAACAAGAGAAAAUAUACUGUGUACAUGUAAAUAAAGCAUUUAAAUGUAGAAAAUGUUAUCCCCGCUUAAAUUGAUAUGAGGCAAUACUAGUCAUGUCAUAGUUAAAAAAAACUAUGCUUACACACAUUUUAGAUUUUGCAUUUAUUGUAUCUAUAAAUUAUCAACGUUGUAACAUCAGAAUUUUUUCCCUCAGAUUCGUGGUAGAUUCUGCAAAUUUUCUUCAGCAACAUCUAGAGACAGAAGGACUCUUUAGAAAGUCUGGAUCCAUUCAACGACAAAAGCUGCUCAAGGUUAGUCUACUUGUGCAUUGUUCCUAUUAAAAAACUACAUCACAGUGAAGGUGCUUAUGAUUUUUGUAAACUUUAUGUAAACUUUAUGUAUUUGGGGGAUUUUUUUUGCUUGGCGCUUGUAUAUUGACAUUGAUUUACUUGAAACAGCUAAAGGCAGAAAAUGGGGAAGAAUUUCAAAAUGUCCAACCUCACGAUGUUGCAAGUUUGGUGAAGCAAUUCUUCAGGCAGUUACCAGAACCAUUAUUGACCAAUCAGCUCCACGACUGCUUCAUAAAGGCACAGCGAAAGGAGGAUCAUGAUGACCAAAAAAAGGCUAUCUUGCUACUUUGUCUUUUGCUUCCCAUUGCACAUCUCAAUACAUUGCAGUUUACAAUGAAGUUCUUGGCCAAAGUAGCAAAGUGUUCACAUCACAGUAAGAUGGGAACCUCAAACCUUGCCAUUGUUCUUACUCCCAACCUAAUACACAACACAAAGAAAGAAGGCAACAGUGCCUCAGAAAAGCAACUAAAGGAGCAGACAGCAGUCAUCGAUAUUAUUCUGAAAAAUGCUGAAGAAAUUGGUUUAGUUAGCGAAUAUAUCUAUGAACGUGCAAAGAUGAUUGGAGAUGAGUUUGUUGAUGGCAUGACAUCAUCAGGCGAUGAGCUUGAUGUUGACGAUAACUGGAAACGAGGCAACAAAAGGCAAUCAAGGGCAAGAACUAGAACUGGUUCACUCUCAGGUAUGCAGCUUAGCUAUGCCUAGUUUUUGUGUACUGGAGAAAAAUAUUUUUAUAGCAACCAUAGUAUGAAAGACCCUGGGAGAUCUUUAGACCCAUCCAUCAUUUUGGAAGGUUUACCAGUACACUGUACCAUUUUUCUUUUUUUGUCUCCAUAUCUUUUAAUGGUUCAAUUUUUAUAAUUAUAUGUAGGCUUUGUUUCUGGUCUGGGCCAAAGUCUUAGCAAGUUCAAGAAUUCGUCAUCUGCUAAAACACCAGUGCAUACACACAGGCGUUCAAGGAGCAUGAAAGCAGAACUAAUGAGAAACAAGGUGAAAUAUAACCUUGAGGAAAAUGUUUUGGAUAAGAAAUCAGGUAACCUGAUAUUAUUUGUUUGACUUACCUACCUACUGACUGAGCUCUAUACUUGGUACAAAGGCUGUUAAAUAAUUGCGUUCAUACACAAACCAGCUUGUAUAAAGAAAAGCAGCCCCACUAAAACUGUCUCUACAUUUAUUUAAACCUUCAGAGGUAAUGCCAUACUAUAGACAUAAAGAAUAAUACACAGGUGUGCAAAGUUAUGGAAUAUCUCUUGAAGUGUUCAACUUGACACCACAAGAGUGAUGCAGCAAACAAGUGAGAUGUCAAGUUGAACACAAAAUCACUAAACUCCUUUACUAUUUCUUUUCAUUAUGGAAAGUCCAAAGCUGCAACUUAAAACUGUUUAUUGUCUGCUUGUCAGUAAAUUCAGGUGUACUUAAAAUGUAAAAUUAUGUGUAUUAUCUAGUGUUCUUAUAAUUAAUUCACAAAUUUUAUGAAGUGUGAGGUGAUGCCCUAAACCAUCAGCAUACUGUAGGAUGUUUUUCUUUUUUGAUCCAUAGAUGAUCUGGAGUUAGAGAAUUUUGUGGCUCACACCAACCAAAGGAUGAGCCUGAGGCUUUAUAACAAGCGACGGCCAGCAGAUCAAAAUAUCUGUGCUGCUUCACCUGCAGUCAAGAGGUCAUUACUUUAUGUUCACAAUCCACCUACAUGUUUUAUUUUUUUGUUAAUCUAAUAGGUUAAACCUACUGACAUUGCAUUGUUUGGGAUUUUAAUGAUAGUCAAUUUUUUUUAAACUGUGGGUAGUGGUUGACUUGUUGCCGUUAAUUUCUUAGUAGCUGAUUUACAACUGGUUUACAAACUUUAUUAGGCACUAUUAGAAAAAUAAAAUGCAAUAAACCAAUAAACAAUAAACACUCAGUCAUUAAACAGCAGUGGUAUUGUAGGGUUGUGGAAUUUGAUAUGUAUUUCAUGACCACAGGGUGUUGCAAUUCACAUGAUGACAUUUUUGCACUUUUUCAUUUUCUUUCUGUUCCCUUCAAUAACAUGCACACUCUCAGGUGCAGACUUUGCAAUCUGCUUUUCAUGUUGCUAACAACUAUUAAAAUGUAGUGUAAUUCUCAUAACAGACUUCUAGAAGCAGAGAGAAAUGCAUCUUUUUGAAAACCUUUCAAAUGAUGCACCUUUUUUCCCAAAAGAUCAGUAACAUGAAUGAUAGCAGUGUCAAUAGAAUUGUCUAUGAACCAUCUCCAACUUCUAACUUUGUGAGUUGUUGGAAGAUGCACUUGAUGACUCGCAGUUAGCUUUUCAAUUGAUCUGUGUUUUGGAUGCAGACGAAUGAUGAAUGAUGUGAGCAAUAUUCAGGGAAUCAGCAACCCACGUCUUGUAUCAGCCUCCACCCAGAUGUUCACCACACCUAUUAAACCACUCCAGGCUUCUUUAAAGCCUCUUAGUGACAUGGGUAGGAGUUUUGUCCAGAAUAUUGUUAGAAUGUUAGUGGUACUUAGAGCACCAUGAUAUUCAUUAUUUCUCCUUUAAAAUGACCUGUAUGCAACAACAAUCAUUGAGAAUGAACUGAAACUUUCUAGUAUACACUUUAUCUGUCAAUUAACCAGUAAUAGGGAAAUAAGCAAGCAAAGAUUAAAAUUUACAUCAGAUCAAGACAGGUUUUGAGCUGUUUAGCAUAAUAUAGGUGGACAGCACUUCAAAAACAAGAAGCUAGUGACAAGUACAUGAAGCAACACAUUUAGUAAAAUCAGUCAAAUCAUGGAAGACGACUACAGUAACUUAACCCAUUACUGUCAGCUCAGGCACUUAUAGAGCAAAGUUUCCUGCAUAGCACAGAACAUGACACUUAAAAUCCUAAUGAUAAGGUUAUUGUAACACUUUUAGUAAAGCUAAAGUAGAAGUUUUUUUUUUCUCCAGUAAAACCUGGUCACAGUAGGAUAUUGCCAUCAAAUGAGACAGAGCAUGUGAAAGUUGUUGAUGCUAUGUCCUAUGUGCCCUCUCCAAAUGAUAAGUAUCUUGGAACUCAUUGUCUUGCAUCACCUGGUAUAAGUAUGGGUUCAACUGACAUGUCAACAAGGCAUGGUGAAGUGUUUGAAUCCUCUACAGCUGCAGCUGACAAGUACAAACAGUUUGCAUCACCACGUAGAAGGGUCAGAAGACGGUAAGACUUUACUCUGUCAAUUGUUUUCCUUGUAUGUAUCAUUAUGAAUUUUAAAUACACUACCAGUUAUUGGCCAUUCAUAAUUAAGUAACAACCAUCAGAAUCUCCCAGCAACUUGGGUCAUUCAUACAAGCUAUUGUGCUAGGGAAAGAAAGUAUAUAGUUUACAUACCACACUGUAGAGAAGACAAAUUUAUCUCCCGAAACAUUAUUAGAAACAAUUUGAAUAUCCAACAACGGAAAAGAAUUUCAUGUUAUUUCUAAGUUGCAUGACCCAUAUUGUAAGAAACUAUCAUGAUGAAUAAAGUUCUGAUGUUGUUGUUUGCUUACAUGUUGUUUCUCAAUAAAUUUAUCUAGUUAGCAUAAUAACAAAGUAAUUUGCAUAUGAAAUGCAGCAAGGUUUGUAUUAUAAUAAGGUCAACCUUAGCCUCACUCCUGUUCAAAGGCUUGGCAACGAAGUGCACAAAUGUAAAAUGGACUAUUGUACUCAAAAUUAAAGAAAAAUAAACUAGUGUGGGCUACCUUGAUAUAAUUCAUAUGUUAUUAAGGCUGCCCAUUUCCAAUAAUAUUAUUAAUUCUCUCUUAACAAUUUUUAAGGCAUUCAUCAGGUGCAACAACUUGCUUCUCAUCCUCUCCAAGGAACAGAUAUCAAGCAAGCUCUAAGAAUUCUGUGAGUUACUCAUAAAGGUAUUAAUUACAGAAGUUAUGGGGAUGGUUUUUUCCAUAUGAUUGUGGUGGACCAAGCCAGCUCAUUUUUUAAGAAUUUCCAUCUCCCUCCCCAUUUUUAAGUGAUCCUGUCAGCACAAGGGGUGGCCAGAUUACUGACUGACUGGUACCAUGGUUAAGCAGAAUUUUUUUUUUACCCUUCAGCUCAGUCAUUGGAAGACUGUGAGUUUCCAAUCUUGGUAAUCAAUCUUAAGUUUGCCAAACCAUGCGCAACAAUUUUAGCUUCCAUUGAUAACUUUGAUGAAACGUAGAUGGUUAGGGGUAUUUUAAAUUUAUUACAAUUACAUGUAAUGUUAUCAGUAUUAGUGACAUAUUCUUUAGGCUUUAUCAAUGUUAUUGUCAUUGAAUUACUAAAAUUUUUGCUAGGAAGCAAAAGAGUUAGCACAUGGCAAGCAUUCUUUACUCAGCCCUACCUCAUUGCCAACAGAUGGAAUGGAUAUCAGUCACAUUUCAGUUGCUGCUACUGUGGAGCCAGUCAAAGAAAACACUCCUAAGACUCGUGUUCUUUACUCAGGAACAGCUUUGCUUAAAGAAAAUACUAAUCUAACACCCUGUAAAUUCCACCGUGGAACCCCUCCCAUGCCAGUCAAUAAUAGUGAGCUUCGAGAAGUGCUGUCUCAAAGGAUUUAA